AUGAAGAAAUAGACUCAAUUUAUAUCUGGGAGUUGGGAUAAGUUGAUUAUAAUAUGGUCGAUGAAUUAAAAUAGUUAAUGGAUUUGUACAUAGAAAUUGAAUGAGCAUAAAUAUUGGAUUAAUUGUUUAAUCCAGAAUAAUAAUGAAGAUCUUAUUAUAUCAGGAAGCCAAGAUACAACGAUUAAGUUUUGGAUAAAGCAGAAUCAUUGGGUUUGUUCACAAACUAUUACAGAUCAUAAAUAGCAAGUAUUAGGAUUAUAUUUAAAUGAGAAAUAAAAUAGAGUGAUAUCUUGCGGAUAAGAUAGUUUAAUAUUGAUAGAAGAGUCAUCGUAAAAAUGGAAUGUAAUAUAAAUGAUAAAAUUAGAAUUAUGGGGUAUAAGAUUAUGCUUCAUAAAUGAUAAUUAAUUCAUAUUUCAACCUCUUUGUAAAGAGUAGAUGCAUGUUUAUGAGAUAAAUAGUAGUAAUAAUUAGUACUCAAAAACAAAAGAAAUUCCUGUUAAAUGUGAUUCCGAGUCAUGCAAUUAUUUCUUUCCUUAAUAAUUUAUCAAGUCUAAAAGCUUGAUUGUGAAUAAGAAUGGAAAAUGUGUUAAUUUGAUAAGGAAGAACCAAAACGGUGAUUUUAUAACAUAAUAAUCUAUACAAUUUGAGAGUGAAAGUAUUUUUGGAUAGAUGAGUGAUAAUGGAGAGUAUUUGAUUACUUGGGAUAAAUUAUCUAAGAAGAUUUAAGUUAGAAAAUAUCAUUCAUUAUGA